AUUUUUCUGGCAUAGGACAUUCAUGGCUGAAGUUCAUGCUCCUCUGAUUGCGCAAGUUACUCCUGCAAUGCCAACGGCUGGUGGUGACAAAGAUGCUCUCAUCGCCCGCCUCGAUACUCUGCUAGAGCAGUAUCUGAACACUCUGGAUGAGUACGAGAAGCUCACGCAGCAGCUGUCCAAGCAGCUAUCUGCCGGCUACUUCUCCCUCGCCCAAGCAAACUUCCACAACCGCUCUGGUGUGCACUACGGACGAGACAGCUACGAUGAACGUGUCCAGGCGACACGGAAGAUCCUCGUGGCGGAGGACGAGGAGUGCAGACUGCGCUUUUCCGUCGUCUCAACGCUUCCAAGCACAGCUCCUAAAUCCAGGAACAGCAGGGAAGCGGGUGGGAAAGAGCAGACUCAAGAGCCAAAAGAAGACACUCAACCAAAAGAAGACACUGAACCAAAAGAAGACACUGAACCAAAAGAAGACACUGAACCAAAAGAAGACACUGAACCAAAAGAAGACACUGAACCAAACGAGGAAUCGAAGGACCGGUCUACAGAGGACAAAACCAAGGAGAAGACCAGCACAGCGAAACCGAAGGUUGUAGAUCCAAUCCGCAUGUUCGGCAUCCUCGUACCACCAGCGCUGCGCUUUGCACAAGCAUCUUUCAAAGACGCUGUAGACGGGCCUGUGGUGCGGUUGGCAGCUGUGACGGGCGAUUUGAGGGCGCUGGAGAGGGAAAUCGGGCGGACGAGGAAGGCGAUGCGGAAAGCAUAAAACCCAGUGGAUAUGUCUAGACCAUCACAAAGACACCGACGAAUGUCGCAAUCUUGAAGUGCAGGAAUCCUGCACUAGUCAGAUCUUUCUAAGCAAGCUUGCAUCGAUUGUGUUAAUUCGCAAAGAUGCAAAAGUGUAAUAUUGGAUUCCUCAUCCCGAAGUUAGAUUACAUGCUGUCCGCGAUCAUACCCAUUCUAGCUCUUAUUCGGGUAGGAGAAUGAAACGUCGUUCUUCCAAGCGAGCCAGCCGUUC